AUUACACCAGGCUGGAGAUAAAAUAGACCGACUCACUCUCCUCCCACCCUUCAGUACAGUGAACCACUCAGGCGGAGGACAGGACGUAUCCCUGCUCAAACCCACAGAGUGAGAGACACGCAGGACUCAGUCACGCUGAAAACAGGACGUUUUUUAACUUGGUCCAAUAACCAUCCAGUCAGCUCGGUGUUUUCUCCUUUGCUUUUGUUGUAAAACUUCAGCUCAGUCAGCGUUUUACCGUUUUCCCCGCGCCUGUAUCUCUGACUCAAACUGUGUCCCCGUUUGGGCUUGUCGGAGAGCUCAACUUUUACCGAACGGAGAGAAAACAAAUGAAAGUGCCCUCAGACAGACAGGAGCGUUGGGAGCCAGUGGGAUGUUAGCUGUGGCUGAGACAGCAGGAGCGACUGAAGGAGCAUGGUGAAACACCAACCCCUCCAAGUCUAUGAGCGCCAGCUGUGUUUGUCAUGUAUCACUGGGAUCUAUGGGUGCAGGUGGAAGCGCUAUCAGAGGUCACAUGAUAACACCACCAAGUGGGAGUUGCUGUGGUCUCUCAUCCUCCUUUUCACCUUCUCUCUGCUGCUCAUCUGGUCCUACUUCUGGUGGGAGGCAGACAACGACUACAAUGAAUUCAACUGGUUCCUGUACAAUAACUCUGGGGAGUGGACUGAUGGAACCGUUCCCAUCCUAGCAACAACUGCUGCCGGAUUCACCUACAUUGCAUUUUUAAUGAUUUUAGCACUUUGCCAUGUUGCACUUGGGCAACAGUUGAAUUUGCACUGGCUUCAUAAGAUAGGAGUAACUGCUUCUUUACUCACCACUAUUGUUGGGAUAAUAUCAGUUAAUCAAACAUGGACACAAGAGUGGGAUAUCAUCCCCAUCUCCUUGCAGGCUACAGGUCCGUUCCUGCACAUAGGGGCUCUUGCUGCAGCCACUGCCUUGUCAUGGAUUGUUGCAGGACAAGUUGCCCGUGCAGAAAAAACAAUCUUUCAGGUGGUGGUUGUGCUGCUGUACCUCAGUGUGUUACUAGGACUUUAUGUUCUGCCACUUUAUAUCACCUCCCCCUGCAUCAUGGAUCCCAGGACCCUUAAAUCACGGCCAGAGGUGUUUGGCCACCAGGGAGCCCCCAUGCUUGCUCCAGAGAACACGCUGUGGUCGUUUCAGCGAGCUCUGCAGAUGAACGUCACUGGACUGGAGGCUGACGUAGCCAUAAGUGUGGACGGCGUACCUUUCCUAAUGCAUGACCUCACCCUGCGGAGAACCACAAACGUGGAUGAGGUUUUUCCAGACAGAAAAACAACAGCAGCUUCAUGGUUCAACUGGACGGAUCUGCAGCAGCUCAACGCAGGAGAGUGGUUCCUCAAGAAUGACCCCUUCUGGACCGCAAGCUCCAUGUCCCAGAAGGAAAGGAAUCUUACCUUAAAGCAGAGAGUGUGCAGCCUGGAGCAGCUUCUUAAGAUGGCCUCCGAUCACAACAUCACAGUAGUUGUCAGAUUGCGGAGGCCUCCUCGUGAUCACCCCUUCAACUCCACGUGGAUCAACGAGACGCUGCAAGUAGUGCAGAAUUCUGGACUUCUUCAGAGUCUGGUGAUGUGGACUAAGGAUGAUGAGAGAGAGCAGGUGAAGCAGUGGGCACCUGGCUUCAUCCAGACCUCGCUGGUGAAACACAGUCCUGAACAUCUGCACAGCUCUGGCAUCAGAGGGCUGCUGCUCAGAUACAACCAAGUGGAUGCUGAUGAAAUCACAAACUUCUCCAAAAACAACAUCAGCCUUACGCUCUACACUGUCAACGAGCCGUGGCUGUUCUCGAUGCUCUGGUGCAGCGGCGUGUCGGCUGUCUCCUCAGAGGCCCCACAUAUCCUCAGAAAGGUGCCUUCUCCCAUCUGGCUCAUGAGCCCAAGAACCUACCAGCUGAUAUGGGUGUCUGCAGACCUCAUUUCCUUUGCUGUAGUCAUAGGAAUAUUUGUUUUGCAAAACUAUCACAUGAUCAGGUAUCGAAUGAGCGGCAUACGCAGCUACAAUCCUGAACAGAUCAUGCUGAGCGCAGCGGUCAGAACGUCCAGUCGAGACAUCAACGUCAUGAAGGAGAAACUGAUCUUCUCCGAGGUGAGGAACGGUGGCAGUGCUGAGGAGCUGUAUGAAGAGCAAUGCUUUGAUUCCUACACCAAUCAGAGUAUCAGCCAGUGAUUUUCUACUCCGUCUGUCUGCUGUGGUGACGCAGGAAGCAUCAUUCCUGAUGACGAGAACUCCCAGCCUCCUGAGCUGCUGGAAACGCCCCGCUGCGCUCUGUACACUCUGUAAAUACCGUUUGUUUCUCCUCACUUUACGUUUAUUGCACAAGACUACAUGCACUUGAUUUAAGAUGAAUCUGAUGAUUCCUACUUCAAUAUCUAAAUGUUCAGGGGCUCCCCAUCAGUCUUUUUUUUUUUUUUUAAGUUGAAGCUAAGUUUCCAAAGCGGUUAAUAAUUAUAUUAGGAUCUGUAAAUGUUAUAGCAGCAUGAUGCUCCUGCCUUCAGUCUCUGCUGUAGUUCAUGAAAUUAAUAUUUAUAUUUAAAGAGAUGAAACUGUUUACAGACAUUUUUGCCUUCUCCUCCAUGUUCACACGGUGCAUGUAAAGUAUUUUGAUGCUCCCUGCCUGCCGUACUUCUGAUCACUGGAUCCAAGUAUUGGAAACUUCUGGACUUUGUGUGAGCAGUGCUCCCAGUAAAACCAGAAGAACUGGUGAAAAAUGGUUUCUGGGGUUAAGAUUAGCUUUUUCUUGGUUAACUGUUUGUGUUUCCUUUUGUAAUGUGUUCAAUAUAAUGUAUGGAUUCUGACUGGGUAUAUUUUUUUACCUUGUGUGCAGUGUUAUGACGAAUGUGUAAUCAUAGGUAUAACUUAACAAUGUGACACUUUAAUCAUUACAAGAUGAACAGGCUGGCCUUUGAUUUGCUGUCAUUCUUUGGCAUCGUCAUGUCGGGAAACGUAUUGCAUGUGACUUCUGGUGUAAAUACUGUGCUGGAAAAUAAAGUGAAGCUGGUUGAAGGGA